ACGAGACGCGAAGCGAAGCUACGCGACGGUCGAAACAGUCGAACCACAAGACUCGUUGUCUCCAGCUUUCAAUCUCGGCUUUUCGAAAUUUUUCUCAGGUCCACCAUGGCGGCACCGGCAGUUGGCAUCGACUUGGGCACAACUUACUCCUGUGUAGGUGUAUUCAAGAGCGGAAAGGUUGAGAUCAUCGCGAACGACCAAGGAAACCGUACGACACCCAGUUACGUGGCGUUCACCGAUACAGAGAGGUUAAUCGGCGACGCAGCAAAGAAUCAAGUAGCCAUGAACCCGACGAAUACAAUUUUUGACGCUAAGAGAUUGAUUGGCAGACGCUUUGACGAUUCAUCGGUCCAAGCUGACUUGAAACACUGGCCGUUCGCUGUUAUUAACGACGGGGGAAAGCCGAAAAUUAAAGUUCACUACAAGAGCGAAACGAAAACCUUCUUUCCCGAGGAGAUCUCGUCGAUGGUUUUGACGAAAAUGAAGGAAACCGCGGAAGCUUAUUUGGGAAAGGCCAUCACGAACGCCGUGAUUACGGUACCAGCGUAUUUCAACGAUUCUCAGCGUCAGGCUACCAAGGACGCUGGCACUAUCUCCGGCUUGAAUGUCCUGAGGAUCAUUAACGAGCCGACUGCCGCCGCUAUUGCUUACGGCCUCGACAAAAAGGGACGCAGUGAAAGGAACGUUCUGAUCUUCGAUCUCGGCGGCGGUACCUUCGACGUAUCGAUACUGACUAUCAACGAUGGCAUAUUCGAGGUUAAAGCAACAGCCGGCGACACACACCUGGGUGGAGAGGACUUCGACAACCGUAUGGUGACACAUUUCGCGCAAGAGUUCUCGAGGAAGUUCAAAAAGGACCUGACGAAGAACAAGCGAGCGAUCCGUCGGCUGCAAACGGCUUGCGAACGCGCCAAAAGGACCCUGUCGUCGUCGACCCAGGCCAACAUCGAGAUCGACUCGUUGCUCGACGGCAUCGACUUUUACACGUCGAUCACGCGAGCCCGUUUCGAGGAGCUCAACCAAGAUCUCUUCAGGGGUACAUUACAACCUGUCGAGGAAUCUCUGCGCGACGCGAAGAUGGAUAAAUCGCAGAUUCACGACAUCGUUCUCGUCGGUGGAUCAACCAGAAUUCCACGGAUCCAAAGACUCCUCCAGGAUUUCUUUAACGGAAAAGACUUAAACAAAUCGAUAAACGCGGACGAGGCCGUAGCUUACGGAGCUGCAGUGCAGGCGGCCAUUUUGCAAGGCGACAGGUCCGAGACGGUUCAAGACCUACUGCUCCUGGAUGUUACCCCUCUCUCCUUAGGGAUAGAAACCGCUGGCGGUGUGAUGACCGCCCUAAUCAAACGCAAUUCCACCAUCCCGACCAAACAGACACAGACUUUCACUACCUAUUCGGACAAUCAGCCGAGCGUUCUCAUCCAGGUUUACGAGGGCGAGAGGGCAAUGACCAAGGACAACAAUCUUCUGGGAAAAUUUGAGCUAUCCGGGAUACCGCCGGCACCACGUGGCAUGCCUCAAAUCGAAGUGACCUUCGACAUCGACGCGAACGGCAUCCUGAACGUAUCCGCCGUGGAGAAAUCGACAAACAAGGAGAAUAAGAUAACGAUAACGAACGACAAGGGUCGACUCAGCAAGGAGGACAUCGACCGAAUGAUUCGCGAAGCGGAAAGAUACCAAACCGAAGAUCAAUCACAAAAGGACAAGGUCGCGGCGAAGAAUAACCUCGAAUCGUAUUGUUUCAACAUGAAGAAUGCCGUCGAGGACGAAAAGAUCAAGGAUAAGAUCGCGGAAGGUGACCGGAAACGCAUUGCCGAUAAAUGCAACGAAAUAAUCAAGUGGUUGGACAAUAACGUUUCUGCUUCAAAGGAGGAGUUUGAGGGAAAACUAAAAGACGUCGAAAAGAUAUGUAAACCAAUUAUGACAAAAUUCUACGAAGGUGGUGCAUCUAAUUAUGGACAAGCCGGGGCGGACGGUCCAACGAUAGAGGAAGUGGAUUGAUUAUCCUUGGUCGAUAAUGUUACGUGCCGCCGGUGCCUGGACCUAAAAUUUGGCGCAAAAUUUUCAGUUUUCAUCACGAAAUCUCAGUUUCCUCGGUUUAACAAAAUUUAUGUAAUUUAGGAUCUUACCAUGAAAUAAAUGGCACUUCGUAAUUUC